GCCAGACUUCUUCUCACUACAGCUGAAACAAUGACAUGUCGGGAGAGUUUUUCUCUGUAUCUGUGAAGAAGAAUCUUGAGUGGAUCCACAGCUCUCCCUCGAAUGUGAUAAUUGAAGUGGAUGUACUGUACUUUUCUUUUUUGUGUGUGUGUCGGUGGAUUGACACAUUUUAUAAUCAGGCAUCCCUGGCUAAUGUACAAGCCUCCCAAGGAUAUGGUCAGACAUCUUUUUCAAAUAGAUGCCUGCUGCAUGGGCUGAGUCCUCUGCGAUCGUCAUCUCUGCAGUGCUUUGGAGUGUGCAGGCCUGGCACAGGCAGCUCUUAUCCUGCUUCACUAGCUUCAGCUGAGCCACUGUGUCAGAGGCUCCUCUGACAGAGCAGUCUGCUGUGUGAGAACCUCAGUUCUGGAUCACAGGCUGCCUUAAGCAAUGCUUAAUCUGGAUGUUAUGGCAGCUGGUCUGAAUCCUCAGAUUUCUACCUCGCCAAGAUAAGCUGGAUUUCCAUGGUGUGGACAUGUCCCUUGAACCCGGAGCCUCUGCACUGUAGUUUUGACGAGCUCUCUGCAACUUGUCCUUCUGGCAUUUUCUUUUGGGAUAUAUACAGGACAGUUGAUUUGAAUGCUUCCUGCUUCUCCAUGGCAUGCUGUUUCAAGUCCCGCCACCAUGGAAGCUGGACGCUUAACACCCCUCUUCCAGAUGAUGAUGCUGAGCAGCACCACAGCACAAUGGUGGGAGAGGGGGGCAGCACAGGGGACGGCACCCCUCCCCCAAAGCGUAAGGGCAAGUUCUCCACCCUUGGCAAGAUCUUCAAGCCGUGGAAGUGGCGGAAGAAGAAAAGCAGCGAGAGGUUCAAGGAAACUUCAGAAGAACUGGAGAGAAAGAUGUCGACGAGGCGUACGCGGCAGGAGCUUAUAGAACAGGGGGUGCUGAAGGAGGUCCCGGACAACGAUGCAGACACACAAAACAUGAAGCAGCUCUACGUGAAGAACGGCCAUACUCUUCCUGUGAGCGCCGGGGUCGGAGGAGGUGGAGGAGUCGUGAGUGGUGGCAGGAGUCCAUGCAACCAGGGCAAACUCCCCUCAGAGUCGGACUUUAGAAUGAACCCGGCCUGGCUCACCCAGCCAGACGACCGCAGGGGACGCUCUCCCUCGGACGGAGACCGCCGGGGAACUCCGGGUUCCAGGGGGACGGGACUGCAUGAAGACGGGCGGAGAGGGGGAGGGAUGGGGCAUCGUGCACACACCGAGGGCGAGUGGAAGCCUAACAUGGUCUGGCAGGGCCAGAUUCACGGGCAGAUGGAGGAGGGCAGACGUGGGGGCCGACUUCACCCGGAGGACGGGCAGAAGAGGCCCGGGCUGCAGAAGGCCCCAUCAGAGGACGGCAGGAGGAGUCGGCCUGCGGAAGCAGACUGGAAGCCCACGCUCCCUCGACAUGCAUCUGCUGAAGAGGGAAGAGCCCACAGAGAGUCAGACAGCCAUUUUGUCCCUGACCCAGAAGCCCUGCGGGACACCCUGCGUGAACCUCUGCCACCCAAACAGUCUGUCAUGCCUCCAAAAUGGCUGAUGACGUCCACCCCUGAACCCGGCAGCAAGGGUCCACCUCGCACCCCAUCCAACCACCCCACAAACCAGUAUUGCUCUCCCUCCGCCCCCUCAGCUACGGCGCCCAAACCUGUUCGGUCCGUCUCCUCUGCGGGUGCGUCCACUCAGCAGUCUUCGUGUGUAGCCCCGACCUCCACCUCUCAUGGCACCAAGCAGCCGCCUCUUCCCCCACCCAAACCUGUGAACAGGGGCAACGCUGCAAUGCUGGUCUCCGCCCUGCAGGGGGGAGAGAACGCUCAGCUUCCCCUCUACUGGUCCUGCUGGAAGCGAGAGUGCGACUACGAUGUCUACCUGUCCCUACCCGUCUACCUGUGCCGGCGGGCCGGAGGCCUGCGCUCAGGUGACUUCACCCAAGCCACGGGUGGUGCCAGCCUUGUGCCAGCCAAGCCCUCUCCGCCUAUGCCUCCUAAGAGGACCACCCCCGUCACCAAACGCAACACAGAGGAUUCAAGCCAUCCCAUCAACCCCUCACCGCUUUCUCUAGAGGACCACAGCAACCUCCCCAUGGGCUUUCAGCUGCCUCCCCCGCCUCCCUCCCCACCCCUGCCAACACACAUACCACCCUCUCCUCCCCGCCAGCACAUACACACCCACCACCUCCACCAUCAGCACUCCUACCCCCACCCACUUCCACAACCCAUACCCAUGCUGUUUGACCCACCGAGCCCGACCAAUGAGUCUCCUCAGCGCCCGGCUCCUGUCCCGCUGCAUAUCAUGAUCCAGAGAGCCUUGUCCAGUCCCGGCCCUGCUCAGCCACAUCCAGAUGGGUCGCAGCGUGCACACACACUGCUUUUCGAAACCCCUCCAGAGUACCAAGGUGGUCGCCCCCUUCCUGUCAGCAUCCAGCCACUAAAACUAUCUGAAGAUGACUACUCAGAGGAAGAAGAAGAAGAGGAGGAAGAUGACGAGGAAGAGGAGGAGUAUGAUGGGGAGAUCCCCCAGCCAGAGCUGGAGCCACGGAGUCGCAGGUGCUUGGUCGGAGAUGCCGGUGUUUGUGUCAUCCCAGGAGGAAACAGCAGUGAGGAGGAGGAGGAGGAGGGAGAAGAGGAGGAAGGGGACGAGGAAGAAGAACAUGACAUGCAUGGGGAGGACAGCGACUCGGACGGUCCUGUGCUUUAUAAAGAUGAAGAAUCAGAUGAAGAUGAAGAGGAUGAGCCCCCACUUAGUGCCCUGGCCAGCAGGGUCAAGAGGAAGGACACCUUGGCUCUGAAGCUGAGCAGCCGUCCCUGUGCGCCAGACAGGGACAGGUUUACCCAGGAGAGGAGCAGCAGAGACGACCAACCUCCAGGACAGACGGGCCUCACGUGGCAGAGCAGGGAGCAGUGGGAGGCCAUCCGCACACAGAUCGGCACUGCACUCACAAGGCGACUUAGCCAGAGACCCACUGCUGAGGAGCUUGAGCAAAGAAACAUCCUUCAGCCCAAAAAUCAGGCUGACAGACAAGCUGAGGUUAGAGAGAUCAAGCGGCGGCUGACCAGGAAGCUGAGUCAAAGACCCACUGUCGCAGAACUGCAGGCAAGAAAAAUCCUGCGGUUCCACGAGUACGUGGAAGUCACGGAUGCCCAAGACUAUGAUCGGAGAGCGGACAAGCCGUGGACCAAGCUGACUCCUGCUGAUAAGGCGGCCAUCCGAAAGGAGCUCAACGAUUAUAAGAGCACUGAAAUGGAGGUCCAUGAAGAGAGCAGAAUCUACACAAGGUUUCAUCGGCCUUAGCCCCCCACCCCCCUCGCCGCCGCCUCUGCGCGGAGAAUGAAGCACUUAAGAUCUCUGUGAGGCAAGAAGCUGCUCCCUACGCAGACGGAUCGCCCUUUUACGUUUCCCGAAUGUACUGUACAGAUUAUCAGGGAAAGCCUGGAAUUGACUCAAAAACAAGAAUGCUUCUCGCUUGCCCUCCAUUGCCCUCCCACUACAUUGCUUUCGCUAAACUGAGGUGGUGGUGGGUGAGGACCAGAUGCAGUAUUUCUCCCGGACGACAGGGGGAACCACGUGCCAAUGAAGUGGGGAAGUGACAGAGGACCUACAGGGCUGACUCUGACUCUGCUGUUGUGUGGUACCCCUCAGGGACUCGGAUCUAGUUACAACCUUUAACGCGGCCUCAUUCUGUGUUGCCUUUUUUCUUCUUUACUGUAUAUGGAAAAGCUAAUUCAUCUUGUUAAUGUAAUAACACACAAUAAUAAUAGUAAUAAUAAUGAUGAUGACUUAUAAUACUCCACACAGUAAUAAUAGAUAAGAGACAAACAGCUGCAGCGAGAGCGGGCUGGAGGAUGAAGACUGGGAUAUUCUGUUAUAGGACUGGACAUCUCUGGGAUAUUGUGUGUGUUUUAUAUAAAUUGUGUACAGACUGCUAUUGUUAUACCUUAGAAUGAAACUUGGAAAGAUCUAAUUACAAAAUAUUCUGUAAUGCACAAGAUAUUUUAUAUUGUAAUUUGAUCACAUGAGUAGUGACAGCUUUUAUUUGAGCCUUUUUUUAUUUGGCUUGCCUGUAUUUAUGGUUGUGAUGUGAGGUGGCCAUUUAAGCAUCAAUCUAGAUAUAGGAAAAAGGUGCAGGUCAAGAGGCUUGUUGGUGUUUUAAUGUGUGCCAACAUACCCGAUGCCUAAAGGACUAUAGGAUACUGGUUUUCAUAUCACUGAUUUCUGCAAUCCACUGCAUGAGCCAACACAGAAUCCAAGCCAUUGGAUCUGGAUAAUCUCUCUUCAUUUAUACUUUUUUUAUGAGUUUUUGUACUUCCCUUUAAAGAUCAAACAUGCAAUGCAUUCUGUAGCCAUUUUGAAUAAGGUCAUGCUAGUAGUGUCUAUACUAAGAGUUAAAUGUAAGUUGCUGUGCGUGUAGAUCAGGGAUUUAUCAAAGAAAAAAAAAUCAGAAAAUGUAUAAACGGUCAACAGGGAGUCAUUUUUGGCUGGAACGUUUUGAAACUGCAGAAGUGUUUUAUCUUGUAUUGUCGUCUGGCCAGUAGCUUACAGGGUUCUCUAUGCUGUGUACAGGUUGAUAUAGGUUUAACUGAUGCUUGUGUAUAUCUUGUCUUCCUUUCAUUUGAAAAGAAAUUUUAAAUAUAAAAGUAUUAUAGGUUGCUAUUUUUUUAAGCACAGAAUAUUAGUUUAUGAUUAAAUGCUACAAGAAUGGGAAUAUGAAAGUGUACCUUUUCUGUAAAACUAAGUUCCUUUUUAAUUGAAUGUGGAAUUGUAUGGACUGACAGUUUUCUUUCUAAUUGUAAAUAGUCACAUCUGGAUCUAAUUAAAAAUCGUACAAUUCCUUGAACCUCUGCAAUGACUCUGCACCUGGCUCUUAAAUCAAUAGACCUGUCUCACCUACUGAUGUGUUCAGGUGGACAUUGGCAAGGAAGACUUACAUUGGAACCGCUACAGUAAGAAUAC